AUGGCCCCAGAUACCUCGUCCCCCCUUUUCUUGACUCGUCUUCUCCCUGAGCUACGGCUCAAGGUGUACGAACACGUGGUCUAUCAUCACCGUCCUAUCGCACUAAAGUUUGUUGAUGGCCAUCUCACCAGGCGGAAGACCCGAGGCUACAAACCUCCAGGGCUUCUCCGGGUCAACAGACAGGUGCGGGACGAAACGAUUGCGCUCCUCAACAGCGAAACCUUCUACCUCCACAACACCUUUACGAUGUUGCAUUAUGACAUCGUGCCCGUGUCCUUCGCGGUAGCUUCCAGGAGGUCGUACGCGCGUAGGCCGGCAAUGGGUCUUCCAGACGCGAGCAUCCCUCAGCCAAGCAACGGGGUGCACAAAUUCCUCAAAAAACUGACAAUCGAAAGCGUCGGUCUGGGUCCCGUGUACUAUUUUGCUUCGAGCGUCGACCAUCUCUCGUACCACGCGCCAAAACUCGAACAGGCGACGUUCAAGUUCGAACGAUCUGGCUUUCUCCUGGGUGCCGCCGUCGAAUUGAGCAGAGCAUGCACGUUGGAAGAACACGUAUGCCUCUUGGACCGCCGCCACCACCACCACCACCACCUCCUCCUCCUCCUCCUCCCGAAUCAGAGCCAGAACGACGACGACGAGAGCCAGGACCAGACCGCCCCGCCAACUUUAUCCCUGUCCAUCUCUGUCAUGACGGCCGACGCUUCGGCUCAAGAGGUCAUCCCCCGGGGGCUGUGGCGCGGCUUGCUGCGAGGCGUCACGCUCAUCGAGAUGCUAUCGUCACGGCCCAAUUUCGACAAUUUCGUCCAGAAGUCGAGAAGGGCCACCCCCCGUUAUCCGCCUCUCAUCGCCACCUCAAGCCUCAAGCAAAUCACCUUGGUGGGCAACAUGCCUGAUUGUUCCAUCCCCAUCAUCGAAGGAUAUAAGUGUCAGCUGAGCGGGUCCCGCUGGAUGAGAACUUCGGUCACCCACGUCCCCGUCAAGCCAAGAUCGGGCCUCAGUGGCACACACAUCACGUAUGUCUGGAGUCGUCCCUGA